AUGUGGUCGAUGGUACAGUAUUACAAGCUUCGGAAGGUUAUUGAGCAGGACCACGAGAAGCGCCAAGACCCUUCCGAACAUCCUUCAGAGCUCCAGGUGGCCGACGACAGACCGGGGAGCAAAGAUGCGAAUGAUGAGGAUGGAAACAAUGAUGAAUCGAACAAAGGGCUCAAGAUAGAGGUAAACAGUCAUGACGACCCCAUUAACCCAAAGAACUGGCCGUUGCUCUCAAGGUCAAAAAACAUAGCAAUCCUUGCGCUCCUGAUUGCUGUGCAAGCGUGGGCAGGCGCUGCUGAAUCAAUGGCCAACACGUCCGCCAGUCAAGAAUUCGGCGUCAGUAAGGAAGCGGAAACUUUGUCAACAGCAAUGUAUCUUUUUGGCAUUGGAUCGGGUUGUCUAUUUGUUGGACCAUUGUCGGAAACCGUUGGAAGGAAUCCUGUUUACCUUACAUCGACUUUUUGUUUUCUAUUCUUUGUCUUGGGGACGGCACUUACGAAAUCAUUCGGAGGGCAAAUUGUGUGCCGGUACUUCGUCGGAUUAUUCUCCAGUGGAACGCUGGGUAUUAAUGGUGCUAGUGUGAGGGACCAGUUCCGCCCGGUGAAAAGGGCUUUUGUAUUCCCGGUUAUCGCGUGGGCAAAUGUUGUUCCGCCAACUCUCGCACCGAUUGUAGGCGGCUGGAUUUUACAGAAUCCCAAUCUUAGCUGGCGUUGGACAGAAUGGAUCACCCUCAUCAUCUCAGGUUUCGCAUUCCUGGUUGCCCUUGCCUUUCUGCCGGAGACGUAUCUGCCUAUCAUUCUGGACUGGAAAGCCAAAAACCUUCGACAGGUCACCGGGAAGCAAUAUUUUUCCGAGCACGGUGAAGAGAAAGGCUCAUUCUGGAAGCGCCUAAAACAUACCCUUCCGAUGUCGCUGACCUUCUUCCUAAAGGAACCUGUUGUUACCGUCCUUGGAAGCUACCUUGUCCUGCUUUAUAUUUUGCUGUUUUCAUUUCUAUCUGGGUUUGAAUAUAUCUUCAAGAAGACAUAUAAUCUUUCCGACGGGAUGACCGGAUCUUGCUUCGGAGCGAUAGCAGCAGGGGCUACCGCAUUCACGCUUUGUGCACCUGGGUUAUACUCAUGGGCACGGCAUCAUACCGAAUACGUUUCCGGCGCGCAUAUAAAGCCCGAGUUCCGUCUUUGGCCAGCAAUAUUCACAGCGCCACUACUCCCAAUCUCCCUCUUUUGGCUUGGCUGGACGAACGUCCCUACAAUAUCGAUUUGGUCAGGGCUCGGAGCAUGCUUUUGCUUUGGAAUCGUCCUGAUAGCGAUGUAUGUCUCUAGCUAUGAGUAUAUCAUUGAUAGCUAUGGAGAUCAUGCGGCUAUUGCGCUAGCGAGCAUUACGAUGGUGAGAUAUUUGAUUGCGGGUGGGAUGACGUUGGCGGCUAGACCAAUGUACGAGGGGAUUGGAGUCAAGUGGACGUUGUUUUUGCUUGGGUGUUUAGCAGUGGUGCUGACGCCUGGGCCGGUGUUGUUGUAUAUUUAUGGGCAUAGGAUGAGGAAGAAGAGCAAGUGGGCGAGAAGUGAGGUGGGGGUUGUAAAUGAUUAA